GUAGAGAGUAUUUCCUUAAAGAGCAUAUCAAUUGUAAACAUGGGUCUAGUCCGCAUCCUUUGUUUGUCCAGUUUCCUUGUUUUUUCAUCUUUUGUUAUAGCAUCCGCUAGCGAGUCAACCUCUUAUACCCCGCCUUCUGAAUACGAGGCUCCAUCAUACACCCCAACUCAAACCGAUAGUCCAUCAAAUACACAGACUCCAGAAUACAGUCCAUCUCCAAUGUACGAAACCCCAACAUACUCUUCACCUGAGUAUGAGACUCCAAUAUCCUCAGAAGCCCCAACAUACUCUUCACCUGCGUACGAGACUCCAAAAUCCUCAGAAACCCCAGAGUACAACGCCUCUCCUAAAUCCGAGACCCCGUCAUACACCCCAACUCCUGAAUAUAGUCCGUCUCCAAAUUAUGAAACCCCAUCUUAUAGUCCAUCUCCUAUGUAUGAAACCCCAUCAUACACACCAACCCCAUCUUACAACCCUUCACCUAAAUAUGAGACUCCAACAUACACUGAAACCCCUGUCUAUAGUCCAUCUCCUAUGUAUGAAACCCCAUCAUACACACCAACCCCAUCUUACAACCCUUCACCUAAAUAUGAGACUCCAACAUACACUGAAACCCCUGUCUAUAGUCCAUCUCCUAAAUAUGAAACUCCAUCAUACACCCCAACCCCAACCCCAACUUACAACCCUUCCCCUAUGUAUGAGACUCCAACAUACACUGAAACCCCUGUCUACAACCCAUCUCCUAAAUCUGAAACUCCAUCAUACACCCCAAGCCCAUCUUACAGCCCUUCACCUAUGUAUGAGACAACCCCAGUCUACAACCCAUCUCCUAAAUUUGAAACUCCAUCAUACACCCCAACCUCAUCUACCAACCCUUCACCUAAAUAUGAGACUCCAUCAUAUAUCCCUAGCCCCACAUAUAGUCCAUCUCCAAAGUACGAAUCUCCAUCAUACACCCCUACUUCCACAUAUAGCCCAUCUCCUAAACCCGAGACCCCGUCUUAUACACCAACCACAUCUUACAACCCUUCACCUAAGUAUGUGGCUCCAUCAUACACCCCCACUCCAUCCUACAACCCUUCUCCAAAAUCUGAAACCCCAUCCUCAUCUUACAACCCUUCACCUAAUUAUGAGACUCCGACAUACACUAAAACCCAAACGUAUAACUCAUCUCCUAAGUCAGAGACUCCAUCAUACACCCCAACCUCAGUAUAUAACUCGUCUCCUAAAUCUGAAACUCCGUCUUACAAACCUUCACCCGAAUAUGAGACUACAACUUACACUGAAACUCCAGUCUAUAACUCUUCUCCUAAAAUUGAGAACCCAUCAUACACUCCAACUUCUGAAUAUAGCUCCUCUCCUAAAUCUGAAACUCCAUCAUACAACCCAACUCCAUCUUAUAGCCCAUCACCUAAGUACGAAACCCAAUCAUACAACCCAACCCCAUCUUACAAACCUUCUCCCAAGUAUGACAACCCAACUUACACUCAAACCCCAAUUUACAAACCAUCUCCUAGCUACAAAACUCCAUCAACCUAUUCUCAAACAUAUGACAACAAAAAUCAUUACACUCACCAAAAGGCCUUGCCUACUAUGUAUGGUGUCCAAGGUGUUAUCUAUUGUACUUCAUGCUAUGACUUUACACCUAUUGAAGGGGCUGUAGCAACAAUUUCUUGUGAAUCAAAGGCUAAGUAUGGACACAAGGCAGCUAAGUUCUCGAUGUCGACCCCCAAGACAGACAAAAAUGGUUACUUCUUAGCUACAUUUACCCCUAAACAACUUGGUGCCCACUUAAAGCUAUCCGAUUGCAAAGUUUAUCUUAAAAGCUCUCCGUCAUAUACUUGUAAUGUUGCUACUAAUGUGCACUUCGGAAGGACAGGAGCAUCUCCUAUCUAUUCAGAACAUCUUGUUGGGUACCAAAAUGCGUACACCUUAGAGUUGUACUCUGUUCCCCUUUUCGCCUACACCUCAUAUGCAAAAUGUGAAAACUAUCCAACUUACACUCCAAAAUCAAGCUACAAGACUCCAACUUAUAGUCCAAAACCAAGCUAUGAGGCUUCAUCAUACACUUCACCUGCAUCUUAUACCCCUAAAUCUGGUGACAAGGUAGAACCAUGCACCCCACCUGCCUACACCCCUGAGUCUAAUGACAAGGCUCCAGCAUACACCAAAAAGGCUUACACUCCAAGUUACUAAUCCAAAGUCAACUUACGUUAUAUAUGAAGCUUCAAAGUUAUGUACACGAAUUAAGAAAAUGUAUGUUAUGAUGUAAUUCUUUUUCCACUAUUUACUAUCCUAAAUUAAAUCUAUAUUGGCCACUAUUGUCGUGCCAUUUGUAUUGCAGAGAAACAUUAUAAUAUCUAUAUACGAAGUAUCUAUAACCUUUUAAAAGCUAGGAGUUGUGUUUUACUAUU